AUGAGGGUGGCCGGGCUGUCCUGGCUGGCUCUUGAGAGCACCUCUGGACGGGUCAUCUCGGCCCUCCUCCCAGUGCCUCUUUUUGCACACCAGCCUGGAGCGGCGGGGGCCGCGCAGCCCCGAGGGGCCAGGUCUUCCCAGGCGAGGGUGGGGGCCGGGCCAGCUGAGCGGGACCGGGGGACCUGCUCCUGCCCCCCUCUACCUGCCACCCCGGCCGCCCCUUCGCGGUCCCGGGCCGGCCCGCCCGCGGGCACCUGGCCCUCCACCCCCGGCGGCCCCCGCCGGCCACCCCAGCAGAGGGCCGAGGCGGCGGGGCGGGCGCGGUUUUCUCUUUCUCUCGCACACACACUCUCUCACUCCAUCUACUUUGCGGCCUUGGAGGGGAAGGAGGAAGCCGGGCGGAGCCGGGCGGGGGAGGUAGCGGUCCCGGGGAGGUGGCUCUCGCCCGACGAGCCGCCCCGAGUGCAGAAAGUACAGGUCGAACGGAUUGUUGACAAGAGGAAGAACAAGAAGGGAAAAUGGGAGUACCUCAUCCGGUGGAAAGGCUACGGGAGCACGGAGGACACGUGGGAGCCAGAGCACCACCUCCUGCACUGUGAGGAGUUCAUCGAUGAGUUCAACGGGCUGCACCUGACCAAGGACAAGAGGGUCAAGUCCGGGAAGCAGGCGGGCACCUCCAAGCUCCUGCGGGACACCCGAAGCCCCGCGUCGUCGGUGGAGAAACUCUCCCACAGGCCCGCGGAGCCGGGAAAGAGCAAAGGGGCUUCCCACAAGCGGAAGCGAAUCAACCCGCCCCUGUCCAAGCCCAGGAAGGGCUACUCAGGCAAACCCCCGGGGGCUGGAGACAGGGCUGCCAAGACUGUGUCGUACAGGACUACGCCCAGUGGCCUGCAGAUCAUGCCCAUGAAAAAGGCCCCGAACGGCAUGGAGAACGGGGAUGCCGGCUCUGAGAAGGACGAGAGGCACUUUGGAAACGGGUCCCAUCAGCCUGAUGUGGAUCUGACCGACCCUGUCGGAGAGCAGGACGCCAGCAGUGGCGAAUGUGAUGGGCCCCACUCGGCGCUGGUGGAGAACGGGCUGGGCUCUGCUCUGACCAAUGGGGGGCUGAACCUGCACAGCCCCGUGAAGAGGAAGCUGGAGGCUGAGAAGGACUAUGUCUUUGAUAAGAGGCUCAGGUACAGCGUCCGCCAGAACGAAAGCAACUGUCGAUUUCGGGACAUUGUGGUGCGGAAGGAAGAGGGUUUCACGCACAUCCUGCUGUCCAGCCAGACCUCAGACAACAACGCGUUGACGCCCGAGAUCAUGAAGGAGGUCCGGCGAGCACUGUGCAAUGCAGCCACAGAUGACAGCAAGCUGCUGCUGCUCAGCGCCGUGGGGAGCGUGUUCUGCAGCGGUCUGGACUACUCCUACCUGAUUGGCCGGCUGUCCAGUGACCGGCGAAAGGAGAGCACUCGGAUUGCGGAAGCCAUCAGGGACUUCGUGAAGGCCUUCAUCCAGUUCAAGAAGCCCAUCGUGGUGGCCAUCAAUGGGCCAGCCCUGGGCCUGGGCGCUUCCAUUCUGCCCCUCUGUGACAUCGUGUGGGCCAGUGAGAAGGCCUGGUUUCAGACGCCCUAUGCCACCAUCCGCCUCACACCUGCUGGCUGCUCCUCCUACACCUUCCCCCAGAUCCUGGGUGUGGCACUGGCCAACGAGAUGCUGUUCUGCGGGCGGAAGCUCACCGCCCAGGAGGCGUGCAGCAGGGGCCUGGUGUCCCAGGUCUUCUGGCCCACCACGUUCAGCCAGGAGGUCAUGCUGCGUGUCAAGGAGAUGGCGUCAUGCAGCGCCGUGGUGUUAGAGGAGUCCAAAUGCCUGGUGCGCAGCUUCCUGAAGUCGGUCUUGGAGGACGUGAAUGAGAAGGAGUGUGUCAUGCUCAAGCAGCUCUGGAGCUCCUCCAAAGGCCUGGACUCUCUGUUCAGCUACCUGCAGGACAAGAUCUACGAGGUCUGAAGCCCGUGCAAGGGUGCCUGACUACACCUCGGCCUGGGUUCCGGCUGUCAGAGCCCAGCGUCUGCCCGGCCAAGGAGCUCUUCCCGAUGUCUCUACAGCUAGGGUCGUGUCCAUCUCCUCGUGUCCUUUGGUUGUUCUUCAUUGGUUUGAUUUUGUGUGAUGGUGGGAAACACAGCACACUUGGCCUCCCCCAUGUCCCACCCCAUAGAGCUCUCGAGGGCUCUGCCUUCCCAGGGCUCUGCCAGGUCCCGUUGUCCUUCCCCACUUGCUGAAAUGCACCAUCGUGGUCCAGGAAAGGGAGACCGCCUCCCCCAUCCUUCUGACUCAGGCUGUGUCUACACAGUGCCUCUGACUUGGAGACAAGGCCAGCAUGGUUUGCUCUGGUUGAGUGUAGAUGAUCCAUCCUAGCAAAUUCACAGACCCGUGAGCAGGCUUCUGUCUCCUCUCCGAUGCAGUCUGUGUGACUAUUAGGGCUUGGUCUUAAAAACCCAACUGAGUGAUUUACAAACCCAGAUAUUGUACAUUUAGAAAUGUUUUGUUAAAUAUAUAUUUUUAAAACAAUGUAAGUGGAAAUUCUGAUAAUUUAUGUAUAUUAUAUGUAAAGCUAGUUUUGCAAAAAAACACAUGAACUACUAGGAAAAUGUUUUCUUUUCUUUAAUCGGAUUUAUUUUAUUUAUUUAUUUUUGUUUAUAUAUUAUGAUGUCUGUUAUUCACGCAGAUCUUAUUUUCAUACUGCCCUGGACCAAAUACCGUUCAAGGUUCAUACUGUUUGGUGCAUUCUAGCAAUGAAGCACAUAGAAAUAAAACUGAGAGAGACGAGAACAGAAGGAUUUCUUUGGAUAAAGGAAUAGCUCUGCAUCAGACCCUUUUUUGUGUAGCUGUGGUAACAUAAUACCAGUUCUCUAGUCUUAUCCUUAAGAGAAAUCAUGUCAGGAUUUUCUCUUCACUCUCUGUCUUUAAAGAGAUAAAGGGCUCUCAGCUUAAAUGGUCCCCAAAUAGACCUAGUUCCUACUCUUAGGGCAUCAGGAACAGGUAGGAACAGGCCCUACCUGGUAGCAUGUGGCCCACCCUGAGACUUUUCUUUGUGCAAAUGACUGAGCUUGGAUUUCAGAGACCAUUUCUUCCAUAUGUGCAUCAAUUGCUGGUUUUGGCCUUCCAGGAAAGUGGCCAGAAUUCUUGUCUGUUGAGUUGGCUGUACAAUCUGAGUCUUUUUGCCUCCAGAAGCCCAAAUGAUCCAUCUUUAGAAAUGGUCCCCUGCUUUCUGUUCAGAUUCCAGUCAGGUGCAGUUAUGUUCAGUAGCUACAGAAACAGUGUCCAGAUUCUCAUUGGAAAUGGAAGGGGAUAUUUAGAAAUUCAUUCUGAUCAAUAUCCACCUUUGUUUCUUGCUAAAAUGUCUUAGCUUUGGGGUAUCAUCAAUUUCAAACCCCUGAAGAGUUUGUGGAUCUGUAAUGACUAAGGUAGGCAGAUGAAACCAUCUCUAAGGUGGAAUUCAUGCUGUUAAUUGGUAGGUUCUGGGUGUAACAGGAGGUGUUUUCAAAGAGUCUGUGUUUUGGUUGUUUGAUGAAGUCAGCUGAAUAAUGGAGUUCCACAGUUGGGCAAAAGUUAGUGAAGUCUCUUUGCUACGAUAUAGACCGAACCGUUGGAUUUUUCACUUUCUGACAAUAAGUAAGGGAAAUCCAUGUACUUACAGCAAAUCUAUCUGGGAUGAAAAAUACCAGACCUAUGGUUGUGUUAAGGUUUACCCUAAUAGCAUUCUCCAGGUAGUGUCAUUUUAAAAAUCUUGUACCCCAGCGCCCUCUCUCCUUCCAUGGGAAACUUGCUGUCCUACUUUUCUCCCUACACCCCAAAUCCCUACUCCAUGUCUGUCUCUCGCUAGAGCCUGGGCAGAUCUUUGAGGAAUUGUCAGCCCCAUCCCAGAAUUCCUUUGGGAUUGGAAGAACAGCUAUGGAUGGAGGCUGAGGGUACUUCUCUUCUGGAUGUCCUCUCCUUCUAUAGACUCCCGUCCCCUCCGCCCCAACCCUGAUUAUGCCUAAUAUCCAAUGUCCUACAGUGGAGCCAUUGGAGUGAACAGCCCUGUUCCCAGGGGACUUUCUACAGACCUUCUGUUAAGAUGCUCAUACCUCCUCAAAGUCUGGAAGUCAUGGCAUAAUACAGAUGUUAUUUAUACCCGUGUCUCUUCUCACUCAGAAAUAAGGUCUGCAGGUAAAAAGCAUCACCAUUCCUCACUAAGAAUGAAAUGGGGUAACUAUGAGAAGGAAGUAGAAUAUUGAUUUGAAAUAUUACUCUUGUUUGGUAUACAUGAAACUAGAAAGUGGCCUCUCAGAAGCAUGAAAAUAUAUUUUCCCCAUUUGAAGUUUAGUAUGAGGAUGGAAAAAUAAUAAUCACAAUACACUUUGAACAAUGCAGCUCUCUCUCUGAAUAGCCACAUUUAAAAAUAGCCUUGACUAAAUGCUGAAUUGCAUUUCCCAUUAUGAAUGGUUAGUUUCAAAACCUUUAAAAAAACUUUUAAAAAGUUUGUAAACUUUUUUUAAUUUUGAAUUUAGUCACAUUCAUGAGAUUUUUCCAAUCUAGUUUCUGUGGAAAUUUUUUAACAAAGAGAAACAAAUAGAAACAUCUGCAAAUCUUCUUAAGUGGAUAUUUAAAAUGCAGAAUUACUCCUCUUCUGUGUUUCUGUAUUCAGAUACUUAGAUUUGUUGUAUAUAUUAGUCUAGACUAAUUCACUAAUAUACACAGUAUUUAAGACUCUAAAUGAGAUUUCUUAAGUAUUUUAUUUUAUUUUCUGUAAAUGGUUUUGUAAAAAUCUUAAAAAAUCUACACUUUGCCUUUGUAGAUACAUCUUUGAGGGUUGUCUUGCAUGUAUAUUUUUGUUGUAGAUAAGUGUUGCUUAGUUCUUUCUGCAAAUUUUGGUUGAAAUGCUUAUAGACUUUAAUACAGUAUAUAUUUUCAAAAUAUAAACUUUUAUAUUUCUGUGGUAAGUUAGGAUAUGCGUUUUAGGCAAUCUUUUCCAUAAUAUCACUUGUUCUUUCAAAAAACUAGCAUACAGGUUUGGUGCCAAUGUUUUUGUUUUGUUCUUUAUGUUUUUAAAAUCUACUGCUCUUAUACUGUUAGAGAGCAGGUUCAUUUUCUUUUUCUAGAAGUAACUAAGUUUGAAGUAUCAUUUGAAAAUGUAUUGAAUUUUUGAGUAAGCCUUACCAUUAGGAUCAUAAACUUUCCAACCUUUGCAACUACGUGUGUAGUUUAAGAUCUCCCCAUAAAUUCUCACAGUGUGGCAGUUGAUGGAGUUUGUGGACAGAGCCUUAAGAUUGCUGCAAAAAUAAUAAUAAAAGGGUAAUACGGGUUGUUUCCUCCAUGUUGACAGGCUCAAUGUAGUCUGUCGGUCAGAGUUUGGUUAAGUUGAUGGCGGCAGGGACCAGAUAGAUACUUUGGAGAUUGUCUUUGGCCAUAAGGUUGGCCCAAAGACAGAUUUUCUGGAGCCACUUUCAUACUGUUCACUUGGUUUAGACAUGGUCAUGGGGAGGGCUGCUGGUUCAUCAUUUGUUCUGAACAAAUGGCACUUCCUGCUCCUGACCCUGGUGAUGGAUCCCAGGGCUCCUUGUGGAUGACCUGAGAAGUCCAGUCUGGUUGAGGUCAGAGCUCCUUGAGAGAUGUUAACAAAGUUUAUGUAUGAGUCUUACUGUGUAGACAAUCUGAAGUUGGUUUUACAUAAUCAGCAUUCCCAUGUGUCCUCAGUGUCCCCUUGGUGAACUCUGUGUGUCAAGCCAUACUAACCUGGAGUUUAACAGGACAAAAGCAGUUGGAAUGCUGAACCCGCUCAUCAGCUGAGUCUGUCUAUCUGGGGCUAUCUCAGUGGAGAAAAGGCAGGCAUAGAGAUGAUCAACAGUGAGGUUAUUGUGUUUGGGAAUCUAAUAAAACCAGCUAGAAUUUGGCCUUAGGUUUUAAAAAAAUUACAACUCCUUUGGUUGGCCACAAUGGAGUAGUUACCAACUGAUCUUCCUUACCAAUGCCUUUGAUCUAAGAUCUCGAGUGCCUGGUUACAGUAUGGCUGAAGUCAUUUGGUCCAUCUUUAAUAAGUGUCCAUAAGGUCAUCUUAUCAACCACUGGGAUGGAAAUUUGUGAAUUUGAUUCCCAUUUUUGUAUUGCGUGUGGCAAGUCAGGAAAGCCAGUGUCUGGUGUUAGGGCUCAGCUCUGACGUCUCUGUAGGGUGACCUCACUUCACUGGCCCAACAUCUGGCCUCAUGCCAGAGCUCAUUCAUUUGGCUCUGGGAAGGUCAGAAGGUAUAGAGUUUUCUAUCUAGUAUUUAAUUUGUCCCUGUGCCAUUAGUCUCAGCUUGAAGUCAUUUGCCAAGGUCUAUGUUGACAGGAUUGUGAAAAUAUUGCCUUUCAUAAAACCAAGGACCAAAGAAUUCCAUUAUUCCAACAAAGCGUGAGUUUCAUAGAUUUUAGGGGCGUCCAGAUGGAGAAGUUCGAGCUUGAAAUCACUCAGCACCCCCAACCUCAUGCUCCCUCGGCUGGCCAGACACAGGGACUCGUUGUCACAUUGAGAAGGCUCUGAAAGAGGAGUUUCUAAGGCUGAAACUUACUGUCUCAGGUGGUGUUUCUGCUGUAUAGUCCUAAGCUUUUUAUUCAUAUCAUAUAAAGUGGGAACCUGGCAUUUCUCUGGGUUUAUCUGACCAGUGUAGAUGCCUCCUUUUGCACAUGAGUCUUUGAUACGAGUUUUGCAACUGUGUCUGCGCUGAGCAGUGGGAUCCUCUGACUGCCAGAUUUCCACCUCUUUAGUUCUACAUCAACCCAUUCCAAUUCCAGUUUGGCAGGGAGUAGGGGAGAAUUUUCCUCAAUUCUCACACCAGGUGAUGCUCCAUUCUCAUUCAUGGUGAAAUCAUUGAUCCAUUAACCAGUUGAGAAAUGAUGGAUGUUGACAAAGUGCUAUUCUAUUGGUAAGGCUUAUUACCAAACUUCUUAUAAUGAAGCAGGCUACCAAAAACUUACCCAGCCCACCCCAAGAGUGUUCGGGUUGGUUCAUGGGUGUAGCAUACACACCAAAAUCCACGGAGACCUUUGCAAAUUAGGCUACUCGUUUUAUUUUGCCAGAUUAUCAUGGGAGAGUCUUUAACUAGUUCUGAACAUUUGUAAGUAUGAGUACUUCAUAGAGAUAUAAAGCAGGUACAGCAGACCCAUCCUCACCAUGUUGUAAAUAUUUCCUGAAACUGGGUGCAGUCCUGAGGGAUAAUAAUCUUCUGAUUUAUCAAAUGCUGACUGUCUAGAGCAAAGUGUACACUCUCUUUGUGAAUGGUCCUGUAACGUGUAUGAACACAUUUCUGGGUGCCUUAGAAGUUGUAUUUUUCAUGUGUGCUAAUAUGCAGUAUUUAUACAUUGUGAGAAGCUGCUUUGAAUAAAAAGGUUGAAACUUUGUCUCCCA